AUGAAGAUGCGUAAACGCAAGCAGAGAACAGAGGAUCUGAGAAGCAAACAUGACCACAACACAACCGAAGAAGAUUCACGUAGGGUCCGCAUACUACAAGUGUCAAGUGCAGCAACACAUAACACAUAGUACAUACAUAACCGUCACCACCAAACCAACUUCAAAAUCAAAAUAAUAAAAACUAUGAUUUAGUUCGUUUUGUAAAAGAUCAAUUGAACUGAAAAGAAAGAAGAAAAAAAAUGAUGAAAAACAUAGGUUACAAUUUGAGUUUGGAUGUUAAAGCUGGAAUUAAUAUUCCAUCUAAUAAAGUAGCAAAACUGAAUUUGGUAGGUUUUGUUCCUGGAAGAUUAUUAUUAUGUUUACCUACGACAACAACAGCAAUAUGGAAGAGGAAGAAAGUUGAAGAGAUGAAGUUGAAAAAUGAGGUUGAAGUUGCUGUAAAAAGUGCUUUUGGAUUUGGGUUUUCUGCUGCUCUUUCAUUCUGUAUUUUCUGUCACGCGCCAACUGCUCUCGCUCAAUCACUUACCGUCGCUUUUCCCGUUUCACGCGCACCUGAGGUAAAUGCAGUUCAAAGAACUCUUGUUGAAGCAUGGGGUUUGAUUCGGGAAACAUUUGUUGAUCCUACAUUUAAUCAUCAAGAUUGGGAUAUGAAGUUGCAGCAAACAAUGGUGGAAAUGUUUCCUUUGAACUCGGCUGAUGCAGCUUACACAAAAAUCAGUGGAAUGCUUUCUACCCUUGGAGAUCCUUUCACUAGAAUUAUCAGUCCAAAGGAGUAUCAAGGAUUUCGAAUCGGAAGUGAUGGAAACUUACAAGGAGUCGGCCUCUUCAUAAAUGUUGAACCAAGAACAGGACAUUUGGUUGUUUUGUCAUGCAUAGAAAACAGUCCAGCUGCUCGUGCCGGUAUUCAUCAAGGAGAUGAAUUGGUUGAAAUAAAUGGAGAGAGACUUGAUGGCAUCGAUAGUGAAGGUGCAGCGCAGAGGCUUAGAGGGAAUGCUGGAACAACUGUCACAGUAAAGGUCAAAGACUCGAGCAGAAACUCUUAUAUCCGAGAGGUUAAACUUCCAAGAGAGUAUAUGAAGCUCUCUCCAAUAUCCAGUGCUAUCAUCCCUCACAAAUCAUCAGAAGGGCAGGUGAUAAAAACCGGCUAUGUGAAAUUGUCAACCUUCUCUCAGAGUGCUGCAGAAGACAUGCAGAAUGCUAUCCAGAAAAUGAAAAAUCAAGGAGUACACUCAUACAUACUUGAUCUCCGGAACAAUCCCGGGGGUUUGGUAAAAGCAGGCCUUGAUGUUGCUCAGAUGUGGUUAGAUGGAGACGAGACUCUUGUAAAUACGAUUGAUAGAGAUGGGAAUAUGUCACCUAUUAAUAUGAUCAAUGGACAUGCUAUAACACAUGAUCCACUUGUAGUGAUUGUCAAUGAGGGAAGUGCAAGUGCCAGUGAAAUUUUAGCUGGGGCAUUACAUGAUAAUGGUCGAGCUAUUCUUGUGGGGCGCAAAACAUUUGGUAAAGGAAAGAUUCAGAGUGUCACUCAGUUACAUGAUGGUUCAGCCCUCUUUGUUACAGUUGCAAAAUAUGUAUCACCAGCCCUUCAUGACAUAGAUCAGGUCGGGAUAACGCCAGACGUUCAGUGCACAACAGAAAUGCUUAAUUCACCAAAGGAAAUAUCAACCAAAGAUAAGACAUCAAUCUCAUCUCUUGAAGCAGAUUCAUGCAUUAUGGUAGCUGAACAUGAGUUGGAUAUGAAGGAGUCCAAAGGGACUGUUUCUUGAUCAUUGCAUUGUCUUUUUAUCUCAUUUUCUUUUCAAUGUUAGAAACUUGAAAGGAAAGUUAGCUUAGUGCUACUAAUUUGUACAAUGUUACAUUAUGAUAGUUAUCAUCAGUAUAUAAAAUAGAAAAAACAGAUUGUAUAUAUCAUUCAAUAGAAUAAUAGAAAACUUCUGUAUUGUAGACUUGUAGUAUAAAAACUUCAUUCAGUUUGUCCUAAUUCAAUAUUUUAUGACAAUGUUUUAUUUUAUUUUA